CCAUAGUUACACGAUAUUGGAUGCUCGAUCGAGGGUGCAUGAUGUCUCGCGGUGUUUCUUUGAGGAGAAUGUGCAGCUACAUAGUGAGCCAGAGGAUAGAGGAGGCUCUUAGCGCUACAGUCUAUAUAGUGCAUCAAGCAGGACCCACAGGGUUUGUCCUAAAACAAGGAGAAAGUAAAUACAAGGUCUUCCUGGGAAGUUUGCAUACCUGCACAUGCUCUGUGUAUAGAAAAGAAAAAGAGCUUUGCAUUCAUAUAUUAUGGUUGUUACUGAAGAAAUUUCGAAUACCCAAAAAUCAUUCAGUAAUAUUUCAACUCGGACUUGUCGAACGAGAGAUACAGGAAAUUCUCAAUGGGUAUUUGACUUUUCAAGAUCCAAAGACGCACGACAGGGUCUCAGAAUCAGGAUCAUGUGACAGACGGCCAAUAUCCCUUGGGGAUGUCUGCCCAAUAUGUCAGAAUGACUUGCUGGGAAGACCACAGAAACUUAGCUAUUGCAAGUAUGGAUGUGGAAAGAGCGUGCACUUAAAAUGUGUCAAGUUGUGGGCAGAGCAUCAAAAAUCUCAAGGCGAGAGGGCAAUUAUUUGCCCUCUCUGCAGGGAAAAAUUUAGCACAUUUGAAGAGUUACGGAAAGAGCUCUAUACCAAAGGAAACUGGUCAGCCAAAGAACCUUUGCAUUAUGGAAUUACAUGCAGCCAAUGUGGUAUUUGCCCAAUACCAGGGAAAUGCUACAAGUGCAUGUCUUGCAGAAGCUACUACCUCUGCAAUAGCUGUUUUACUUCUAAUCAUCAUUCUGUGCAUAACUUUCACUUUCAACUGAAACCAGGAGAAGUAUGGAGGACAGCAACACGUGGUACCACAGACAUCACAGAUGAUAAUCCUUCCCCACGGGCACUGCCCCAGUCUCUCAUUAAUGAUCUCCAAAUGAGAGAACUGAGUGCUAGUGAUUAUGACUUACUUUUAUCGUUAGACUCAAACAAUGCUGACGAUGUUCAAGCCAUGACUGCUUCAUCUCAGCUCCCACAAAUCCCACCUCCUUCUGCUCCUCGCCACUUACCAAACCAGUUUAGAACAGAACCACUUGAUCACGACCACCCUCUCCUCAUUUCAGAGGCAUCUUGUCAAAUAUGCUGUGGGCAGUUCCAGCGUGGAGAAUGGAUAAGAAAACUUCCCUGCAAGCACCAGUUUCACAGAGGUUGCAUUGAUACCUGGUUAAAUGAAGAGGGGCAUGUAACUUGUCCAGUUGAUGGAAAGAACCUUUACAAUAGCACAGAAGAAGCAGUACAUCAUCAUCAUCAAAGGAAACGCUGUUCACAUACUAAACUCAUUUCAGGGACACGUAGGACUGGACACAUUUAUAGCAGACAAGCCUCGGGGACACAAAGUCCACCAAUGGAGCUAGGGAUUCUAGGGCAUAGCCUAACUACGAGUAAUGGAGACCAAAACAGGCCUUGUGAAAACAUACCAAAUGCCCACCGGACGCUGACUGCAAUACGGAAAGGCAGUGCAAUACAGCAGUUGAGGAGUGCAGCCCAUCAUGGUAGAAGUAACACUGCUUACUUUGACCUACAUGUAACUCCCAUAUUUGGAAGUCAAAAUAGCAUAGACUCUCCUCACGGGAGCUCCCCUCCUCUCCUUCAAACAGGGCCUGUUCCUUUUAGUGGAAGAACAGGAAGGAGAAGUCUUGAUGCUAGCACUGAGGGAAGACGCACAACAAGAAAGCAGCACCAUGGAUUGAUCGGUAUUCCGACUUUUACGAAACCUUCAAGCAGUGUCACGAAAAGAAACAACAGCAGCAAGCUGCCUAAGAUUGCACAGAACAGAGUCGAUGUCAAUUCAGUUCUUAGAGUCUCAUCAAUCUCAACUUCACUGCCUCCAAUUUUCUCUGGUCACAAUAACAUAUGUAACUAACACACACAUAAUUUAUUAUACAUGUACAUUGAAUUAUUUACAUUUUCAAACGCCUGUUUCACCACAUCAUA